AUGACUUCUUGGCUCGGAGCGGUUCUUGUCGUUUCCGGAACGCUUUUGAUCGACGCCGGAGGCUAUGCUCUAGGCGGUGGAUGCGGUUGCGGGCUUCCCCCGCCACCUCCACCCUGUCCACCACCUCCACCGAUGCCCAUUUGUCCUCCACCACCGCCUCCCUGUCCCCCACCUCCAAUUUGUCCUCCAACUUUCUGUCCCCCACCCCCAAUUUGUCCUCCCCCUCUCCCACCACCGCCUCCACCAAUGUGUCCUCCACCACCUCCUCCGUCUCCUUGCGGUUACCAGACAGCCAUGGUUCCUUAUCAGCCACCGACCUAUCAAGUAGCACCUCCGUCCAAUGACUGUUGUUGUCAAUGCGGUUCGCCUUGCAAAUUCAGAGGCCGUGCCCGAACUCAUGGAGCUCGAAUCUUCUCUGCUCUGGCGGCCGAAGUCGAUGAAGAUCCAACUUGUAACAACGAAAAGUUGCGUAACAUCAUUAUUGAUGUAAGUCGAGGAGAGCUGAAGGUUCAAAGCAUUUGUUUUGAAUUAAAAAGCAGUGAAAACACUUGUAUAUAAUAAUCAUAAAAUGGACAUAUGACUUUUGUUUUUAGAACAUCGACAAAGAUCCGACCAUCUCAAAGCGUGCUAUCCAAGCAGCUGCCGAGGAGAAACUUUUUGCCAAAAUAAAUGUGAUUUGUGGAAAGGAAGACUUCAGCUACGUAAUCUACACGGACACUUACUGUCAGUCGACGGUCGGCGAGGUAACUUGUUACGCUUUCCGACCAUUGGGUCCGGGAUCGGCCGAAGAAAAUAAGUAA